UUAUGUGGGAUGAGGUUUAAAGGGAAGAGUGGCUCGUUUCGCAGCACUACUUUUUGUGUGCUUCCGAGGAGGGUAUGAAAUAAGCGCCCGGUCUUGCGCCUCGGCGCACCGCAUGAGGCUGUCUAACGGUGCACUUUCUGACAUUUUUGUCCUAAUUCAUGCUGCUUUUGAAACCGAGCUUGUAUUUCAUAUAUGGUCGCUGGUCCGAGUGUACCGUGGGUCUAUUUCUUGUCGGCGGCGGUGCUACGGCCCCUUCUAUCCUUCCUGUGCUCGCCGCCAUCUUGAAUUUUAAUGCUAAUUUCUGGAAAUUUUUGUUUCCUCUGAUAUUUUACCGAAGGAAUUUCACGGCGUGUUCGGCUCGUAGCAACGGGCAAGUGUAAUCCAAGAGAAAGGUCAAGGAAACACACUUGAAUUUGCCUAUCCACACACUGCAGGUCACCUUAAGCACAGAGACUAAAUGCAACUGGACCAGGUGGUUUGUUGGUAUGAAGUGGAUGGGAGAAUCCAAGAACAUGGUAUUAAAUGGCAGGCGAAAUGGCAGCAGGUUCCCCAGUGAACAGCCCUUGAGCCAAUCCCGGCCUCAGCACUCCCAGCGGGCCCAUCUGCGCCACAACAAGCGUUCCCCCAGCAGCAGGAGAUGUAGCCGAAGAUUCAGCGCGGCUCCCCUGGAGGCAGAGAGGCGCUAUGUCCCCUCCUCGGGUAUGACCGCCAAAGAGCUUUGUGAGAAUGAUGACCUCACUACCAGCCUGAUUCUUGACCCCUAUUUGGGUUUUCAGACUCACAAGAUGAACACCAGGUUUCGACCCAUCAAGGGAAGACAAGAGGAGUUGAAGGAAGUGAUUGAGGGUUAUAAGAAGCACGAUGACCUAGAGAAGGCUUUCAGUGCUUUGAUCGCAGGGGACUGGGCCAGACACUACUUUCUGCACAAGAACAAGGCCCAGGAGAAACUCUUCAAAGAGCAUGUGUUUGUUUAUUUACGGAUGUUUGCUGCUAAUAGUGGAUUUGAGAUUCUUCCUUGUAAUCGCUAUUCAUCUGAGCAAAAUGGAGCUAAAAUCGUCGCUACAAAAGAGUGGAAGAGGAACGAUAAGAUCGAGUACCUUGUGGGCUGCAUCGCCGAGCUGUCGGAGAGUGAGGAGAACCUGCUGUUGCGGCACGGGGAAAAUGACUUCAGUGUCAUGUACUCCACCCGCAAGAACUGUGCCCAGCUCUGGCUGGGACCUGCUGCCUUCAUCAACCAUGAUUGUCGGCCAAACUGCAAGUUUGUAUCUACUGGUCGGGAUACUGCCUGUGUCAAGGUUCUUAGAGACAUUGAACCAGGGGAAGAAAUCUCCUGUUACUAUGGUGAUGGCUUUUUUGGAGAAAACAAUGAAUUCUGUGAAUGCUACACUUGUGAAAGAAGAGGCACUGGUGCUUUUAAAUCCAAUGCUGGCCUACCUGUGGUAGCUCCUGUAAUCAACAGCAAAUAUCGACUGAGGGAAACGGACAAGCGGCUCAACAGGCUGAAGAAGCUGGGAGAGAUUAACAAGAACUCAGACAGUCAGUCUGUGGGCUCCCAUACAGAUGCAGAUUCUCAGGAAAAGCCAAGCGCACAUUCAUCUGCAAAGAAAAGGACGUCCACCAGUGUGAAAAAGUUCACCAAAACCCGGACAUUAACCAGGCAGUCUUUGUCAAGAACUCCUACCUCUACCUCACCUUCUAAACAAAGUCAUAUGAAUAACUCCAGGGUACCAAAGAAACUAAAAUCGAAACCCGCAAAGCCUUCGCCAGCUAAAGUCAAGUUGAGGAGUCGAUGCAGGGGAGCAGAGCAGAAAGCCUCUGUUAAAAUUGAUUCUGGAUCCCUGGGUCUCAAAGAGCCCAAGGUGGUCCUUUGCAAGAAUGUCCCGGUAAAGAAAGAGAGAGACAUGGCAGGACCUGCUAAGGUAGAGGGCUCCAGGGGUUGCUUGACACGCCAUGCGGCGAAGGAAAACAAUCAUGAUUCUCUAAAGGGUGCUUCUUUGUGCGAUGGAAGCUUAUCAUGCACUUAUAGAACUCGAAGGUCAACCAGAACUCAGGGGCCUGCCAGCAUUAAGCUUGAACCAAAUCCGCUGGAAGGCCUCAUGCCUAUUCCGGGAGGGGUGGUCAUUAAAACGGAGCCUGUGGAAGAAUGCGUGACAGAUGGUCUCGUGCUGAACAAGCCCAGCCUGGAGACCAACUGCCCCAGGAAGGGCAACUGCCCACGGCGGAAACGAUUACAGGUCAAGCCAGACAGGACAAUAAAGGUAGAGGAAAGGGAAGGUUAUAGAGAAGGCUUUCAGGAGGACCUGUGCAAUGCUGAUAGGACUGACUGUGGAAAGGUACUCCUUGGCCUCCCAGAGAAGCCUCAGGAUUACAACAGGAUAACCAAUGGUGGAAAGUUUCUUGGCAGUGACAAAUCCAAGGACAGCUGCCGAGCCUUUGGUAAAGGCAAGAAGAAGCGUCAGAUCACUCGCUACGAUGCACAACUGAUCCUGGAGAACAACUCGGGCAUCCCCAAGCUCACGCUUCGUCGGCGGAGGGAUAGCAGCAGUAGCAAGACCAAUGAGCCGAGCGAGGUGGACAUGGUCAACUCCUCCAAAAUCAGCAUCAAGUUCAGCAAGGACCAUGACAAGGAUAAGAGUAGCUCCUACGUGGCCAAGCUGAACAAUGGCUUUAGCUCAGGGGCCCACAACUCCACCAAGCUGAAGAUACAGCUGAAGCGUGAGGAGGACAGCCGGGCCAUCACACAGGCUCAUCCGGGUGAGCUGUCAUCCGAGGGGGUUGUCACAGGGGUUUUAGGGGAGGGUCUUCAGUGCAUGGGUGGGGGUCACCCAACUCAGAAUGCAGAGUCCUCAUCGUCCGAGGAGGAGGAGGAAGAUGACUACUUUGAUGAAGAGUUUGAGGAUGACUUCAUUCCACUUCCACCGGCCAAACGUCUUCGACUCAUCGUAGGGAAAGAUUCCAUAGACAUUGACAUCUCCUCAAGGAGAAGAGAGGAUCAAUCUCUGAGGCUCAAUGCAUAAGCUCUGAAAGUCAUGUCUUGACUUUAAUGUUCAUUUGCAAUCAGCUCUGUGUUGAUGAUGUUUAAAAAAAUAAAUGAAUAAGCUGAUGAAAAUAAGACCCAUAUACAAAAAUAAAAUCGUCAUUCUGUAAAAAUUAGGUAAGGCAAUGUAUUCAUUGUGUAUAUAAAUAUUCUAGAAAAUGUACAGUGUAUAUGAUCUUACAGGUCUGAAAUGUGCAGAUUUUUAUUGUACUUUUUAUCAACCACAAUGUGCAAUUCUGAAUUCUGUUGACAGCUUGGGUUUGUAGUAAAGGAUUUAAUCACACAUGCGCACACAGUCAUUUACAAGUUUAUUGGGAAGCAGUGGUAGUAUAUUAUAUAUCCAAAUUGUUUUCAUACUAGACAAUUACUUUUGAGGGUUCAUAAAAAGCAUUAUGUAUAUACGUGUGUGUGUGUGUGUGUGUGUGUAUGUAUGUGUGUGUGUGUGUGUGUAUGUAUGUGUGUGUGUGUAUAGUGUGUAUAUGCAUAUAAUACUUUGCCUUGUGAAAUGUAUAGGGGGAAAAAGAAGUGAAAAAGAAGUCGUGUACAGAGCAACGGGGUUAAAUUAUUUUAAAGUUUUAUUAAAUAAAACUCAUUGAGUUGUGUCAGACAUGUCUCAACUGCUGUAGAUCCCUAACCAGUGGGGUUCAUGGUGCUUAGAAUGGAGGUGCUGGCCCGGGCAGUCUUUUGGAAAAAAAGGUGCAGACUACCUGGGGGUCUGCAGUCAUGUGUUGUUAUAACAACCCCAUCUAUUCACUUUCUGUUUUUGAGUCCUGGGACUAAUGUGCCAGUUGGGUUUGGCCUCAUUGUAAAGAAGCUUUCCUUUAUUUUUUUUUCUUUUGAAAUGUUUGCUGCUGGAAUAAUAAAGUGUUAAGCAGUCAUGCUAGACUUGCUGCCAGAUUAUCAGUUGACUAGAAAGUUAUUGGCUUCGUAUUUGCAUUGUUCCAUUUUCAAUGUGCUUUGCUAUUUUCUUUUUUCUCAGUUUAAAUUUAAACCAUAAAAAUGUGACACACUAUAUUCCACUGAAGUGUAAUGCAUUCCAGCCAGGUCCAUGCAUAGGUACUGUGGGUUUAUGUAGAUUACUGAACAGCACCCGAGCACAUACAAAUAGUCAGAAAUGAGCCCUUUCCAUUUCAUGUUUCAGUUGACAUUACCCCAGCAUUUUAAAAUGAAUUAACACUUAUACAUGUGAGUAGUUAUAAGCCUCACUUUGAGCCAGAAGUGGAAUAUGGAAUUGAUAUCUUUAAAUUCUGUCCAUCUGUGCAUUAUUUUGAUGUUGGCAGUGUUCAUGUUGUCUGCUGCUGAGCUGGUUAAUAUGAACUUUAACCAUUUCUUGUAUGUACUGCUCCUGUCACCAGCAGCCCCAUUGCAGAUGUGACCAUGGCUAAAUCUCACCCCCCCUUUCAAAUGUGCCCAUUGUACACUAUGUACUGUCCCAGGUGUAAUGUCUGUGUAUAUAUAUAUUUUUAAGUUAACAUAUGCUGGUUGAAUUUCCAAUUGGCUAAGAGUGAAUGGCUGUGACCAUUUUGCAGACAUUCACAAGUAUGUGUACAAGAGUAGCAGGAUACAAUAAUCAGUUUUUAAAGGGGAUAAUACAGAUGUCCAUUAAAUCAUGAAAACACCUUGUACUUAUUUAACAGUUUUGAAUACUUGAAAACAAGAUAAAAGUUUCUUUGCAAGA